UUACCAUAAUAAUGAUGAUGAAGAUUUUGAAUGAGUAAAAACCAAUCAUUCAUCAUCAUCAUCAUUAUUAUCUUAGAUAGCAACACGUGAAAAGAAAGUCCAUAAAAAUGAUGAUCAUUUUUUAUGUUGCAUAUCGAAUAUAAUAAAAAUUUUAACGAUCAAACAAAAAAUGAAAUAAGAUAAAUGGAUAAUAACAGAAAAAAAUUUAAUUUUGAUCUUUGUUUGUUCUCGUUGAUUUCGAUCUGGAUGCAUACCAAAAACAAAAGAUUGAAAUUUCGAUGAUCUCAAUUUUGAUGUGUCGUAAAUAUUUUUUCUUCGAUUUUUCUCUUGAAACCUUCAUUCCUAUCAACAGAUAUAUAAAUAUGGAAAUGAAUGUAACUCGACGACGAUCAUCAAUUUUUCCGCAAUAUCUUCGUCGUUCUGAACGUAAAGAUUCAAUAUUUCAAUCAGAAUCGACAAAAAUUCUUUAUCCAUAUACGAUUGAUGAAAAAAGACCCGGCGAUUAUCAAAGUGAUACGAAUAAUGAUCAAGAAUCAAGUUCAUUAAAAUUCGGUUGGAUCAAUGGCGUCUAUAUUCGUACCGUACUCAAUAUAUUUGGUGUUAUGUUAUUUCUUCGUAUGGGAUGGAUAACUGGAAAUGCUGGAAUUUUGGGCUCAAUCGGUAUUGUUCUCAUAUCGACAUUAUUAACAUUUUGUACAACAUUAUCAAUGUCGGCCAUUUGUACGAAUGGUGAAAUUGGUACCGGUGGUAUUUAUUAUAUGAUUAGCCGUAGUCUUGGUGCCGAAGCUGGUUCAAUGAUCGGUAUAAUUUUUUCAUUGGCAAAUGCUGUGCUUGUCUCGUUGAAUCUCGUUGGUGCAGCUGAAACGACUGUUCAAUUAAUAUCGUCGGCUAAUAUAACAAUAACGAAUGAUAUUGAAAAUGAUACAAGAUUAUAUGGAACUGGUUUCUUAAUUAUCGUUGCCAUUAUACCAUUAAUUGGAAUGGAUUGGGAAGCUAAAGCAAUGUUUGUCUUAUUAAUCAUACUUUUAGUUGCUAUUGGCAAUUAUAUAAUUGGUACAUUUAUACCACCAACAUCUGAACAAAUUGCAUGGGGAAAUCUUGGAUGGAAACCACAAAUUUUCAUGACCAAUCUUUUUGGACAAUAUGAUAAUAGUUUAGCUGAAAUAUUUGCAGUAUUUUUUCCAUCCGUUAUUGGUAUAUUUGCCGGAGCUAGUAUGAGUGGAGAUCUUCGUGAUCCAAAUGCCGCUAUACCGAAAGGAACAUUUUUAGCAAUUUUAACAACAUCAUCGGUUUAUACAAUAUUGGUAUUGUUUUUAGGCUUUACCGUAUUACCAUAUGCAACAGGAGAUUAUGAAGAAAUGAAAAAUGUAACUUUUCCAUUGAAUUUUAAUUGUAUAACAUCGGAAAAUGGUUGUCCACAUGGUUUAAUCAGUGAUUAUCAAACAAUGACAUUGAGUUCAGCAUGGGGACCAUUGAUAUAUGCCGGAAUCUAUGCAGCAACAUUGUCCAGUGCACUUGGUUCAUAUGUUUGUGCACCGAGAAUAUUUCAAGCACUUUGUGAAGAUAAACUAUUUCCAUACAUACAUUUUUUUGCUAAAGGUUAUGGUAAAAAUAAUGAUCCAAGACGUGGUUAUGUAUUGACAUUUUUAAUUUCAAUAUUAUUCAUCAUGAUUGGUGAGGUUAAUUCCAUUGCUCCGAUUAUAUCGAAUUUUUUCAUGGCAUCAUUUUGCCUAGUUAAUGUAACCUGUUUUCAUGCAUCGUUUGUUGGUUCACCAAGUUUUCGUCCUACAUUUAAAUAUUAUAAUAAAUGGAUUAGCCUUAUAACCGGAUUGAUAUGUGUAGCCAUAAUGUUCUAUCUGGAUUGGAUAUCGGCAAUAAUUACUGUUAUUGUAAUGUGUCUGAUUUAUAUCUAUAUAUCUAAAAAAGGACCUGAUGUCAAUUGGGGUACAUCGACAAAAGGUCAUGUCUAUAAUAAUGCAUUAUUUUCAUCAUUACGAUUAACGCAUACAAAAUAUCAUGUAAAAAAUUUUCGUCCAUCCAUUCUAUUAUUAACUGGUAAUCCAAGUGCUCGUAUACCAUUAGUUGAAUUUGCCAAUAAUAUAACAUUACAUCGAAGUUUAUUAAUGAUUGGUCAUAUUGUUGAUUAUGAUAUACCUAAUCAUACAAGAAAAAAAGUGAUUGAAUCACAAUAUGAAUGGAUGUAUAAAAGAAAAAUCAAAGGAUUCUAUCUGUUGCUCGAGACAUCAUCAUUGGCGAAUGGUGCAAAAAUAAUGUCACAAAUUGCCGGUCUUGGAUUGAAAUUAUCACCAAACAUUGUUAUGAUGGGUUAUAAAUCAAGUUGGCGUGAUUGUGUUGUUGAAGAUUUGCUUGAUUAUUAUAACGUUAUCGUAAACACUCAUGAAAUGUUAUUAGGCAUCAUUAUAUUACGAAUACAAGAAGGAUUAGAUUAUGCUGAUUUUUUUGAUCCAUUACAACGCCAACAACAAUCCAUUAUCGAUUUCAAUGACAUUACAAUCACUGCAGACAAUUCAAACAAUGGAAAUAUGAAUAUUAAAUUAUCUCAAAUACCUGAAUCAAAUGAUGAUAAUCAUUCAGAUGUGGAUGGUAUGAAUAAUAAAUUUUCUAAUGUUAUAAAUUUCGAAAGUCGAUUAUCCAAUGCAAUGCAAAUCAUUAAUUCGAAUCAACAUCAAUCACCACAACAGCAACAACAAAGAAUGAUAACAAAGAAAAAUUUCGAAAAAAUGAAAACUUUGAUACCACGCGAUGCAAUCGAAGCAAUUAAUCAAUUCAGUAAUAAACAGAAACCAGGACCAAUUGAUAUAUGGUGGCUUACCGAAGAUGGUGGACUGACAUUAUUGAUACCAUAUCUUUUAAAUGUUAGCUAUAAUUGGAGUGAUUGUGGUAUGCGUAUAUUCUGCCUAUCGAAAAAUACUGAAAAUAUUGAAUCGACUAAACACAAUAUGAUGGAACUAUUAAAACGUCAACGUAUACCAUUCAAAGAAUUGACCGUCAUACCAGAAUCGGAAUUAAAUCCAUCCGAACAAAGUAAAUCACUAUUUCGAUCAAUGAUUGAAAAAUUUAUGGCUAAAAAUGAUUUGAAUUCAACAACAACAACUACUGUUAAAGUAUCGAAAGCUGAUCUAACUAAACAUGAAAAAAUGACGAAUAAAUAUCUCGAAAUACGUGAUCAAUUAACAUUACAUUCGAAAUCAUCGGCAUUGGUUGUUAUGACAUUACCAUUACCACAUCGUGAUAUAAUAGCACCAUUAUAUAUGGUAUGGCUUGAAACGAUAACCAAGGAUAUGCCACCGUUUCUAUUCGUACGUGGACAUGAAAAUGUUCUUUCUUGCGACAUUUGAACAUAAUUCACAUAUAUAUGGACAAACUCCGUUCUUGGAGUCAUUUCAAAAUACCGCUGACAUUUAGUUGUUCGAAAUGAAAUCAGAAAUAAUUAUAGAGAAAUUUUGAAUAAAUAAAUAUUUUUUUUAUUUGGUUCAAAGAAAAUAAAAUUUUAUAAAUAAAUUACAAA